AUGAGUAUGUCCACACUUCCAAACUUGCUUAAAACCAGUGUACUUUGCUUGCAUUCUCCUCGUAAAGUUUUCGGAUUCCUCGCCAUCGGCCUGCCGUUAGCAUGCCCAGACCUCCUGGUAGAGGGACUUGGCACUCCUCUCUCCUCCCCCCCUCCUCCCACAGAGUGCGGCGUGCCCAACAGCGCCAACAGGAUCGUAGGCGGGGCAGACACCGAGGUCAACGAGUACCCGUGGCUCGUGGGGCUUUCCGACCUGGGCGGGACGGACAGGCCCUUCUGCGGUGGCUCCAUCCUCAACAACGAGUGGAUCAUCACCGCCGCCCACUGCGUCCAGGGGUACGUGGUCGCGCCUGCGGUGCACGGCAGCCCAGCCACAGCUGCGGUGCAUGCGCACUUUUGGAUUGGUGCAGGGACACGAGGCCGUCUAGUGUCGCCAAGCAGCUUCCAAAUUCUGUUCAACAUGCACGACUGGAACAACGGGCCGACUCGCAUCAUCAAGAGAUCUGUGGAUCAAAUUGUCAUCCACCCAAGAUACAGCAGUGGCACGUACGACAGCGACAUCGCGCUCGUCCACAUCGCAGACAAGGUCAGCUUCACCAACUGGCCUGGCAUCAAGCCCGUGUGUAUGCCUCCUUCGGGCUCGGAUUAUGCCGGCAUGGAUGCCACGGUCACCGGCUGGGGCACCACGUCGUCAGGUGGCACGCAGCCAGAGGUCCUCCAGGAUGUGACUGUGCCCAUCAGGACGCAGUCUGAGUGCCAAGCAGCUUACGGCAGCCAGGUUACCAGCAAUAUGAUCUGCGCAGGUUUGCCCGAGGGAGGGAAGGACUCUUGCCAGGGCGACAGCGGAGGCCCUCUGACGGUGCAGGAGGGAGAUGGACGCCACUACCUGGCCGGUGUGGUCAGCUGGGGCAUCGGGUGCGCGCUGCCAGGCAGAUACGGCGUCUACACCGACGUGCCAAGCUCCUUCCUCUCCAGACUACCACACGUGGAUCCACAACAACGCCAUCACCGGCAGAUUCUGCGGCCUCUAACAGGCGCUCUUCUGUGCUGGGAUGACGUCAGCGGUGGUUCUGCCAGCGGCCUCGUCUCUGCGUUUCGAUUCCUCGAUGACGUCACGUUUGCGGGCACUUUAGAUUGA